AUGCCGUUGCCCAGCCACAAGUGGGAAGCAAUCAAGGAACUGCUACGAGAUCCUUUUGGUCCGUAUCGCGACGAAGACGUGCUCAGUGCAGAAUGCCAGUCCAAGCCAGGAAAGACCCUUGUUCUGAACUCAUUUCAGCUGGCAUACAACGACGAGAUUAUUGGACUCGAUGAAUCCGAGCAACCUCUAGGUACCGGGGAGAUAGACAGUCGACAGUAUCGCUUUCGUGGAAUUCUUAGCAUACAGCGGACUGAUUGGCUAUCUCAACUCGGUCUUAAGCGAGUGGAAGCAGAGCUCAACCUGCGUGCGCGCACGCGCGGUAUGCGUGAAGGGGAACGUGUCCCGUCUCUAGUAACGCUCGAAGAACUAUAUAAGGGAUACCUUGGCCACACAACACCACCAGGUGAUGACAACGAGCUUGAGCUCAAGUUGAAAAUCCAGGGCUUCAAGAACUUCUCAGCCGUUUACAUGCUUUCCAAGCUAGUUCCAAAUGGAUUACUAUGGCACUCCAAAAACCUUAACCGCAGCUACGAAGUUGCGACAAUGCACAUCUCCACCUUCAGACGUUCGGAGAACUUUUUCUGGCGCUAUCGUCUGCUUGCCCUAAUGACAAAGAUCGUUGAAGAGCGACGAACGACGCCGUUCGAAAAGCGGACCCCUGAGUGGUUUGUGUCCCAAUACAUUCAACGGUUCGCUCAUCCUCCCAGUGAUAAACACGAGCGACUCAUCUACGACUCUUCCGAUUCCGAUAUCAUCAGUGGCGAGGAAGGCCAGACCCAGUUGCCCCGUCAUCCAAGGCGAAUACACAGAAUGGAUAUUCUGGGAUUAUUUGCUGCCCACUCAGAAUGGUUCGUUACUGAUAACGAAGUAAAGCGCCAAAAGUUAUUCCCUUUCAAGCCAUGGAAUGAAUUCAGAAAGAAAGUCAGAAAAGCAAGAUACCAAUCUAUACGCAACAAUGUUAUCUGGGGCUGGCCAAUUGGUUGUGAGUACCAGCCAGACCUGGAGUCAGGGCCAGACAGCGGAGGAGAGCAGGAAGAGGAAGAUGACGAUGACGACGACGAUGACACGCAAAACAUGGUGGAACGGAAUCCCGUCACUGGAAAGACGAACGAGUUCGUGCGCCGUAAAAUCAACAAAGGCAAGGCCAAACGAAGCUCGGUGCGCGUCCGGCAUAUCGUAUCCAGCUCGGAAGAGUCCUCAGAUGAAUCCGAACUCGAUCCUGCUCGUGUACAUGCAUAUGUGCCGGGCUUCUCUGAUGAAUCAUCUGCUGCUGAUUCUGAUUCUUCGGAUGAAUCAGAGGACGCACACCUGGGCGAGUUUGAAGAGCUCAUCCCACGUCAGCUGUCUCAAGUCCCGGAGUUGCCAGGCCCCGAUAACCGCUGGUGGUGUCCUGUACCAGAUUGCAGGCACAUGAUCGACCUUCAACAUCUUACACGAGACAGUGUCGGCGGCCUCCCGGGAGAAGUCGUCUACUAUUUCAUGAAGAAGAAGCGGAAUAUUCGAGAAGAUGAGACAGCUCAAAAAUAUUUUCAUGAAAUGGUGUCUAAGCAUUACGAGGAUCAUUUCGCAAACCUGGGCUUAAAUUUUGUUCAGACUACUAGGGGAAGGCUUGGAAUAGACUGGACUAGACGAUCUGGUUCUCAUCGACGUGGUCAGCAGGAUGCGGUCGUCGUGAAGGAGGAAGUUAUUUAA